AUGGACGGUGAACAGUCGGAGGCGUUAGCGGGAUUAGCAGGAUAUGCACAACAUUAUUAUGGCGCAAAUAGUGCAGCUGGCACGCGGCAAACGCUUCAGGAUGAUGAUGGCGACAUCGGCGGCAUGGACGACUUGGCAGCGGCGCCAUAUGCAAAUUAUGAACCAAAAGCUAUCACUGCCAACGGCUUUAACAACAACAACAACAGACUGCACUCGAAUGUCUAUGAUGUUGUUGGCGGGCAACGGGGCAAAAUCGAUUUUGUCAUUAAUACGGCAAAUUACGAGCUCAAUGGCAAUGAGGAGCAGCCGCCUGCCAUCUAUUAUCAGAGCUAUGGAUAUCAGCCCCAUGCCCAGCCCCAGCCCCAGGCACAACAUACACCACAUACACCACAUACACCACUGGCACCACUUCCAGAACCACUUCUCGAUUAUCCUAUUGAGCAAUUUUCCAAUUAUCGCCAUGCGGCCGGGGGGAUAAGGGAGCAGGCAACGUUGGUGCCACAGCCGCGUCAAUUGAACGAUGACAGCGCCCUGGUUUAUGCCGGCAGCCUGCAACGUGCCACACUUGCCGUGCAACAACAACACGAGCAGCAGCAGCAUCGGCAUCGACAGCAGCGACAUCAUAAUGAGCCUCAAUCCCAGCUCAUAGAUCAGCAACUAUCGGCUCGUCAUAGUGCCGAUCUGCCUGAAAGGACUACGGGCAGUGGCAACUCCUUGCCUCCCAUCACAACGAGUGUGCAUCACACGCCGUCGAGCAGCAAGGCGGUUGCGGGUCUGCCGCUGGCCAAGCACAUCGAGGUGACCAAAAAUGUGCCCAUCACGCAUUAUCAGAAGCAACAUGUGCCCUAUCGACAAACUGUGCCACUGCGCGUGCCACGCCCCGUGAUCACCACCAUACCGAAGCCCAUUCCCAUCCGGGUGCCCGUGACGAGGACAGUCGCCAUGCCACAGUUGCAGGAGAUCAAGAUACCCGUGGAGAAGAUCAAGCCGGUGGCUGUGGAGCGACCGAUGCCAUUUGUUGUGGAACGACGAGUUCCAUAUCGAGUGGAGAAGCCCAUUGCCACGCCCAUCUACUAUCCGUAUCCGGUGAAAGUGCCAGUGGUCCGUACGGUGGUGCACAAGCAGCGACCAGGACUUGGACACCACUGGGCACCACCCAACCACCUAAUGGGUUAA